UCUGUAAUUAAAAAAGUGUUUCUUAUUAUCUGAAUUUUUGUCGAAAAAUAUUAUAAUAUAAAAUGUUUUACCUCGUAACGAUUCUUUUUAUUAUUUAUUUUAUGUUCGAUUUGAAUUAUUUCUUCAGAUUAUUAUUAACGAUCAUUUCGGCUAAAUGUUUUAAAAAUAAAGUUAAACUUACAGACGAAACUUCCAUUUAUGGUAUUUGUAUUACACAAGACUUGGAUGCUGUGUGUUCACAUAUGAAUAAUGCAAGAUAUUUACGUGAACUAGAUUUUGCUCGUUUUGAUAACUUCAUCCAAACUAAUAUGUUCGAUACAAUGAGAAAAAAAAGCAUUACUGCAGUCCUAAGUGGUUCAUGCACAAGAUAUCGGCGGCCGGUACCGUUUCUCAUGGUAUAUAAAAUUCUAACUAAGUUGAUUCAUUUGGACGAGAAACAUUUAUAUUAUGAGCACAAGUUCGUAAAUCCACGAAAUAACUUUAUUCACACAGUCAUUUUCACUAAAACUACACCGAUCGGUGUUAAAGUACCGUUAUCAGAAUUAAUAAAACAAGUUGAAACUGAAAUACAUCUACCAGAAAUAACGAAAGAUUUUCAAUUGUGGUUGGAAUCGAUGGAACAAUCCUCUCAGUUACUUAGAAAGAAAGAUUAGAGAUAUUUUCUUUUUUUUUCAUUUUAUUCUAUGAAAAUGUUAACUAGGUUUUGGGAAAUUAUAUGUUGAUUAUA